AGUAGCAGGUGGAGUCAAAAAUAUAAUCGCAAGAGAGCUACGAAAACUAAACGCCUGGAACAAAGACUAAAGGUGCACUGGAAAAAUCCCAAAUCAGAGGCUGAGAAUCAAGAUCCUAUUCACCUCGGUGCUGAGAUUCAGAUUCAAAUAACUCCUGCUUGAAUAAAUUUGAGCCACCUGAGUAAGUACUUGAAGUAAUUGUGAGAAUUCACCUGCACAGGAGCAGGAUAUGAAAACUCCAUUUUCAGAGGCUGGAACUGAUGAUCUAAAGAGAAAUGAGACUCGUUACUGACAAGACUGUAACAGAGUGAUUUCAAUGAUAAGUAGAAAGUUUGAAGAUUUUGCAUUUCAUUUUAAUUCCAGUGGAAAAGGUCACCAACAUUUAGAAUACAUGCAUCAAACUCUGUGCAAGUAAAAAUCUCUCACCUGUUAAACAGGUUAUACCUGUUGGAAAUGAAACUGAGCUGGGGAGCUGCAACUCUUUUCUACAGUACAUAUCUACAUAACAGGUAACUGGAAAUGCAGCUAAAGAAAUCCAAAAUUACAGCAAGACCUCAAGGAAUGAGGUGAUAACCAUCGUUUCCUAGUCCUCACCGAAAAAAAGAUCAAGCUGGAAAUUUGGACACUUCUUAAACCAGAGAUUAAAACAUAUCAACUUCACAUUGAAGAAAUCAAGAUGGAUAUCAGGAAAUAAGGAUGCGUGCUCUUGAAUAAACACAGCAUUGUUUCAGACUUGUGAAACUUUGGAAUUGUUCAUGUGGCUCUAGAGUGAAGGAACAUCCUUAAAUUUCAGCUGAAAUGUACUGGAUUGUGUUGAACUGUGAUGUGAAGAAAUCCUAGGAUUGUUGAUUUAAAAAUUAUGUACAGCACAAAAUGUACCAAAAUUGUGAUUUUAAAUAAUCUACAACAAACUGAAUUAAGAAUUUGCUUUAAUGUGGAAUGAUCUUCCUACACAAUUCCUGAAAACUCUGCCUUGAGAUCCCAAUAUACAUACCAACAGCUCAAUUGCAACAGCUCAACACCUGAUUGCCUGGAUCGAAGAUUUCAACUGCAUUGAAAAUUCGAAUUUAGAAUAAUAUUUUCCUGGACUUUUGAGUUUUAUUGUUUGCUAAUUUAAAACCUAAAAUAUUGGAGGCUUAGUCUCAACAUUUCUUCCUUUGGAUAUUUGUGAACAACUUUUCCAGAUGUCUGAGUCUUCUGAGAUCAGGUCUGCUCGUUAUCCAGCAAAUCGUUCCCAGAUUCAACAGAGUAUUUUGGAUGAUCAGAUGGAAUUGUGGUGGUUCCAGGAUGUUAAAAGUUCCAUCUUAUGUUAUUCAGUGGCAUUAGUUCUGAUUCUAGCAAUUGGAGUGGGGGGAAUUGUCUUAAUCUCUACAGCUACUAGUAAAUCUGGAGAAUGGAGGCUGGGAGUAGGCAUUUUCUUGUGUUUAUUAACUUUAGUUAUCCUCUUUAAACAUCUACUGACCUCUGCUGUACAGGACAUGAACUGUGUAAGGAGUCGAGCUCAGAUUAAUAGGUUAAGGAUUGGAGGAUUAAUUGAUUAUUUGGUUAUUUUAUUCACUGGAUUCAUAACACUGACCAGUGGUUAUGUACUGAUAAUCCUGGCAAAUGCUGACCCUUAUCUUUCAGGUCAAACCUGGAAUGAUAUGUUAAUUGCUGGAGUGAUUCUCACUGUUGCUGGGUCCCUUAUUCUCCUUUUACUCUUUCUCUAUGUUAUAAUAUUCAAGCUCUAUCCCCACUUAGCAUCUAGGUUCACAAACAGAAGUGUCCCAACUGUAUAUACCAUAUCGGGAGGUAACAUAGAAGAGAGGCAAUGGAGAUUCUCCUCCAGUACAGCCAAUCUGAUAUGAAACAAGAAUUAAUUGAUUCCAUCAGGAGGCAUGGGUUGGUCAGAAGUUGAGAUUAGUGCAUGGACAGAAUUUGACUUAUUUUUAAUAUUUUAAUGGUACAAUAAAUGCAAAGAAUAAUCUGAUUAAAUAUGUGAAAAUAAUUUUAAAAUGCAAUAUAUUAUUGAGUUCUAUCAAUUAUAAUAGCUGGAACUUCGUUGAUAAUGAUAAGCUUAACACUUAUUGCCCAUCUGUUGGAUACACAGAUAUUGGUGAGUAAAAUGUGAAUGAGAUAAAAAUAAAAGAUUUUUUUCUAUAA